AUGGCACCAACCCCAACCCUCCCGCAAGCCAUCUCCCGUCUACUCCCCCGCCAACAACCCACCACAACCGUCGUGGUGGACCCAGGCAACAGCAGCAGCAGCAGCGGCUCCAACCUCGACGGCGGCGCUAUAGCCGGCAUCGUCAUCGGCACCGUAGUCGGUCUCCUCCUGCUCUGGUGGAUCAUCCGUUGCUGCAUCGCGCCUCGCGCGCCCGACCCUUACCGCCAGGGCUGGUACGACGACACGGCGCCACCGAUGCGCCGCACUUCCCGCUCUCGCUCUCGCUCGCCCGAUGAUAGCUACCGGCGCCAUCAUCAUCAUCAUCAUCAUCACCACGGCCAUGGACCGCCGAGGCGCUAUCAUAGUGGACGCAGGUCGUCGACGCCACGCCCGGUUGUGCUUGAGGAGAAGUAUGUGGGUGUGCCGAGGCGGCCGUCGGCGACGUAUGCUUAUGCGCCGGCUGUGGAGGGGAGACGGUCCAGGAGUCGGUCGCAGGGGGGGUACUAUGUUAGUGGAUAA